AAUGGACACUUGUAGUCAAUCCGAGUUGGAAAAGGACAUCGAGGAUGUAAAACUUUUACAAGAAGCUCUGAGAUAUCAAGAAGAUGAUCCUUCUCAACAGCAGCAGGCUUUGAGAGCUUUAGCUGACAUCCUCUCUCAAAACAGUGAGUCGUUUCCGUUUGACAAGUGUUCUUCUUUUUUGCAGUACAUAAAGCUCAUGUGCAUUUCUUGUAGCGAAAAAAACGUAAGCAGUGAACUUUUUACACUUAAGUUGAAAAGUAUCAUUUCAUCUCUAAGAACACUGUAAGUAUUGACUUAGCCAAAUGCUAUCAGCUUGAAAAAUUUCAGGUUUAAACUCAUUCCAGUUUUGCAUCAGCUCUCAAGAAACAAAAUUGUCUGUGAUGAAGCUAUGUUGUGAUUGAAAGGAAAAACAUCUUGAGCUUCUUGUAAGUGGAGAAACUGGUUGUAAAUUAUUUUCCAGUGCUUGGUUCAUAAUAAUACUGAGUAGUUUUAAAAGGUAUAGUAAAUCUAAGCUCAUUCAUUUAUAGCAAAAUAAUGAACCUUACUGAAAUGAAGGGUAUAUUUUGUUUUAAUUCCGAUCAAUUGUUAUAUCCUAACUCUAGGAAGAGCUCAAGACUAUUUUUGUUUGUCAAGUGGCUUGGAAUACUUGCUGAGCCUUUGUAAGGCCACAAAGACUCCUGCUGUAUGCCAGGCGACAUUGUAUACUUUAGCAAUGGCUACAGAAGGAAAUGGUGAGUUUCAGGUUUUAGUUGUAAAACAGUCAUUCAUUCAAUUAUUUAUAGGAGAACAUUGAAAAAACGUGGGGUUCAUUAUACCGUUAUUAUGAAAUAUGUAUUAAACAUGUAGACAGAUGUUCGUCACCUAGGCAAUAGUGACCAUGCAUGGACAGGCCUGUUUUGCCAGUGUUUAAAGCUCUCAAAUGAAGCAGAUAUGAAUCCAGUCUAAUUUUUGAAAAUAAAAAGGUUAACUUUUUCAAGGAACAUACCACCCAAUAUACCUGUUGUGGUUCAAUUUUAUCCCCCAAACACAAGGGAAAUAAAAUUUCACCAAGGAUAAAUUUGAACAACAGCAUUAACCCACCUCUGCCUGCAACUUGCAAUAAUUGGCUACCAUGCACUCUCAUUUUUUAAACCUGAAUCUCUGCCUGGAAGGAUCACUGCCAUAAAGACUUGUGGUGAAGUAACCUUUUUUAAAAGCAACUCUAUCAAUCCAUUUCAACCAUAUAGUGGAUGUUGAAUAGCAGGACUACUCCAACUACUAGUCAUAUCAAAGUUAAAAAUCCUAGAAAUGUAGAGUAUCAUGACAGUUGAACCCUGAGUGUUUACUGCAGCCUUCUUGUCAAUAUUUCUCACUCAACAUCUGGUUCUCACUCAACACCUGGGGCCCGUUUCUCGAAAGUCCCAGUAACUUGUCAGACCCAAAAUCAAAUAUUCAAGUCGAAAUAUAAGGAAUAAGAGUGCAGCUCCUGGCUAGUAAAACACUCCAUUUUGUUUCAUUAACAGAUAGUUUUUAUCAUUUUAGACUGAUGUAAAACUAUUGAAACCUUGAUCUUUAAUGUAAAUGGCAACAGCUUACCAGACUUGGGACUUUUGAGAAACGGGCCCGUUGUCCCAGUUGUUCAAACAGUGCAUGGGUAAAUCUUUAUCUACUGAAUAGCGCAAUUGGUUUCCCUUCUACUUAUCUGGUGGAUAGUGAUUUAUCCGGUGGAAUUAACACUAAUAUCCAAUGUUUGAACAACCGCGCCAGAUUAAUGACAAAGUGAAAAACUAGUGAGAUAAUUAAUCUAGUGAAUUGUUGUUAUAUUCAAUCAUACAGAUAUUUCUCAAAGAGCUAUGACAAAGAAUUAUGUGUUUCACUUGUUGCGAUCCAACUUACAAGCCAAGGACAGGGCAAUUGUGACAACUUCAGCUUUUCUUCUCCUUACUAUCUGUGCUGAUAACUGUAAGAAUUAAAUGUGUUGUGGUUUUAUGUUACUGUAUCCUAUUCAAAAUUUAAGUAACGAAUAUCAGUGCUGUCAUUGACUUAAUUAACUUUAUUUUCCACUGACUUACAGCUACCUUUCAAAAUUCCUGUAUAGAUGAGUGUUCUUUCCUGGGCACAGCUGUGUGCCUUGCUAUGUUUUUUUACUAAAUUUUUGAGUGUAUAUUUUGAUUUCUUUUUAGGUCAGGGACAGAAUCUUGCAAGAGAAACAAAGUGUUUACAUAGUCUGUGUGACAUAUUUAGGUAAGAUCCUUUGUUAUACAAUAAUUAUAAGCUAUUGCUCUUUUGGUUUUAGAAAAGAUCCAUUUUGUCAAAACAUCACAAUAUUGUGGUUUAGUUUAAUUUUCCUGCUUAUGGCAGUAACUCAGAUUUUGAGCUGUAUUCCUAAUUCUUGAAAAUGCCAUAAACAUGUUGUUUUCAUAAUUAGGAGCUGUCUUCCAGUUCACAAGUCUCCCUCCUCAAGUCACAUGAGUGAAAUGUGGUUUAAUGAUGUUGACGAAGAUUGUGCAAAACUCUGGAACAGUGUUGUCGUGGCAUUACAUUCUCUGCUCCAAAACCCUCAAAAUGGUGAGAAAAUAAGUUAUCUAUCAGAGUAUAUAUUUUUGUGAUUCCUUUUCCAGUAGACUAGCCUGCCUCCCAUUUGAUGGAAAGACAUUGUUUUGCAGAAACCCCUAGCACUGAAUGCUAUUGAUUUUCCAAAUGUGCCUUAGUACUUUACAGGGCAUACCCCAGUUGGGGAGGGGGGAGAUAGAGAACACUAUAAAAGGAGAGAGGCUGUGUUCGUUUUGUAAUUAUUACACUUUAAUAAUAAUAUUCAGUUAUUAUUACUAUCCAGGGCAGUCACUAAGAUUUCAAAUUACUGGGUAAAUACAACAAGUAGAUGGGGAAUAAAACAGCUAGGGAUUUCUUUUGGUUCUAUUUUUCUUCUAUUUACCUAUGAAAGUAACUUGGGGCCAUGUUCAUAGUAGCCGGGGGGAAAUGCCCCACCCCCUGCUCUUAAUGACAGCCUUGAUACUAUCAUAAUUCAAUUUACAGCUCAAAAUCAGCGACUUUGCUGCAGGCUCCUUCCCAUGAUGGUGAAUACUUUACACUUGGCAACAACUCAGACAAAUGUUAUUCUACCCACAGUCACUCUCAUUGUAGCCAUUGUUUCUGAAAAUGGUAGGAAUUUCAACUAGAUUUCAAUGUUUUUUUUUUUUUUUUUUGCAAAGUUAAUGAAACUUACUGUUAAACUUAAUUAUUUAGCAAGUGUAGCCUUGAUGCUUUUGCUUCAUGAUCAAAAGAGUAAAAGAAGCCUGUAGCAAAAGGGAAAAGUUGCACGAGAUUUUUUUGAUGACGUUUUAGCCUCCAAUUUAGGAGUGUAGACACAGUUACCUGGAGACGGAUUUCAUAAGAGGGCUCUCAAAAAAACAGUAAAAUCCAUAAACACGUGAGCUUUUCCAAAUGAACUUCUUUUAAGAAUGUUUAAAAAGAUUCCAUGAAACAAGUUUGUUCUUCUUUUUUUAAAUCUUCUAUCAGUACCCCAAUGUUGGAUUUCCAUGUGGAUAGUAUAUUUCACCGUACAAACAUUUUUCCAUGGGUUUGGUAUUGAAAAAACCCACAGCUCAAAACAUCUAACCUUGUAUUUCUGUGUAUUCAGCUGAGUGCCAGUCCAAGGUGCGACUUGUUGGUGGACUGAGGGCCUUGAUUAACGUGUUUAAACGGUUUGUGAGCCUUGAGCAGCCAGAUAAUCAAGACUUCUGCAUUAUGGAGCAUGUUGUUAACACCAUUGCAUCUUCUAUAGCAGGACAUGGUAAGUGAUAUCGUGGGCGAUUUUGUAUAAGUAAACAGGCUAAAGUGUUUUUUAGUUAAAUUCACGAGAAAUCUGAAGAAGAGGUAAGUGAGAGUUAAAGGAGCCGUGUCUCGAAAUGUAUCAAAAUUCAAACUGCGGGAACUACCACCAAGUGAAAUGAAAUAUUAAAAUAUUUGCUCAGAACUUUAAAAGAAUGUGUGGAUAACACAGUAAAUACGAAAGCAAGCACUGAUGGACAAACCUGAGGAAGAUCGAAAGGGAUUGCAGUUGUGGUUUUUGAAAACAGUUUUUCAAAGUUCCUUUUUGGUGUCUGUAACGUUUGACGCAAUGCAUGGGAGGUAUAUUUUUUGACACAAAGCUGCUAUUUUGUCAUUCACUAUACAUUUCUAAAUUUUCAUAGCGAUUAAGGACGAGUAGUUAACAUUAUAAACAAAAUGAACUUGCCAGCCUUGACACUGCAGCUCUUUAAAAAACAUUUAGCAAUGCUUAUAGGCUCAGGCUGAGCUGGAACCAUGGCAGAAAACCUAUGACACAGCUUAUCCGUACAGUCCUAAUAGUGGGUGUAUCUAAUUAGCGGAAAUUCAGUUCUAAACAAAUUUGGAACAGCACAUAAUGGCGCAGAAAUGACUUGCAGUAGUCCUUUAAAGUCAUUUAAGGUGACAAAGAAACAUUUCCAGGGUUUGAGCCAGGCCGCGCCAUUGCGCCAAUCCCGCACUGCAAUUGGAAUUGUCCCUUUAAAAAACGGCCAAGGGGACAAUUUGUCCCCUUCAAAAUUUAGGGAAAAAACUCGAAAGGACGCACACACGAAGAGAUUUAUUUCAGUACAGAAAUUGCAAGCUGAAACAGAACGUGGAAAGUAUAUUUUAUCGCACCUUUAAAGUUCAUUCCAAAGUUACGCUUCAGUCACACUGUACUGCUAUUUUUGUCGGAAAUCUAAGACAGGGCUUCUGAUUCUUCGCGCGGUCGCGGAGCCGCGAAAUUCACAAAAACACGAAAAAUAGCGCGAAAUUCGGAAGAAAUCUUAUCAAAUACAUGUCUGUAAAACAUAUUUGAAACUUAUUUCAGCUAUAGGGGCUAUUUACUUGCCGUAAACUUGCAAAUUUAUCUUGGAACUUCGUCACUGAAACGUGCAAACAGAUUAUGUUGCGAAAAACUGGGCACUAGCCAUGAUGUUAAAGGCUUUGCCAUUGGUUCAUUUCUGGAGCGUAUUGUUGUUGAAAGAGUAAAUGAUGAGCUCUGUUACAAAAACGUUAAAAAGGCUGGUCUGAUCAGCGCAAAACCGAUCGAUUUCUAGCGAAAUUUGCCUUGAAAAUAACCACAAAAUCGGCCGUUUUUUACCGAUUGCUUUUCGGUGAAGUUUGCCCCGAAAACUCCCGCGCAAUCGGCCGAUUUUUCCGCGAAUUUGUCCCUAAAAAUCCCGCGAAAUUUGACUUUUUCUUCCGAGACCUAUCAGAAGCCCUGCUAAGAAGACAAACCCCUUUGCAUCAGCAGAAGGGUGUACAAAUUUCUGUCCCCCUAAAAAUGAAAAUGUCCCCCAAAAAUUUAGCCAAGGGGACAAAUUGUCCCCCGGUGAUCAAAUCCUAGCUCAAACCCUGCAUUUCUGACUAACUCAGCCAAGAGGUUUAGCUGUAGUGAACUCCUAUUUAAAAGACAAAGUCUAUCCUGUCAGUAACGCUGCAAGUACGUUAUAGCUAUUGAGGAGGGCAGCAAUUUGUUCCACUGAAAUAAUUUUCAUGAGACAGCUUGGCCAAGUGGUUCACGUGACAGACCCCCAGUCUGCAAGUUGGGUUUCGAGCAAUUCAAUGCUCCGCUAGCGGAAUUUUUUUCUCUAUAGUCUUGAGAUUGACCGUCCCGCUUCUAAAUAGCCAACUAUCUAGUUAUUUCCUAUUUUGAAGGGUUUUAAUCAUGAUAUGUUUCAUUUGAUUAUUUUUUAAUGUUUUUGGAAUAGAUUCCUGUAAUCUAGCUACUCGCCACUUUACAAAAGAGAAGAGAACUAGAUUCGAAGUGCGAUUCGCAAUUGUUUCUGGAAUCGUUACUGGGCACGCGCGGGUCAGCUGUUAGAGAGUUUAAGACCCAACGACGCGACGGCAACGAGAACGUCUAAAAAACAAUAAGUUUAAUAAGCAAAACAACAACUUUGCACGCGCAACACGCUUUUGUGUACAUUUCCUUGCCGUUUUUGCACGACUACGACGUGAAAAUGCCUAAAUUCGCGUUUUAUGGAGAAUGAAACAAGCAACGACGGAAUUUUCUUUCUCUUCCUGAACUUGGAUAUGAUGCCUUGGAAUUCAACUUCAGGAGGGUUCGCCUACAUUUGACAAAGGAAUUGCGUUGGAAUAACUGCGAUAAAGACUCAAAGAACGCAAAUUCACUUUUUAAUCGACGAUCUCGUUGCCGUCGCGUCGUUGUGAUCUUAAAGUUCCUAUUGGUGUUUUUUUUCAUGUCCCAAGUAACAGUGCCAGACGUCUUUGCGAAAGUUGACUCAGUCUAGUCUCCUUCCGGUGUCUAAAGUAGCAAAUAGCAGCUAUAAGAGCAAAAGCUUUUUUUUUCCAGGAAUGUGUCAGGAGAGUGCAGCAGAUCUUGGACUGGUGUCUUUACUUCUUCAGUGUCUGCACAUCACUCAACUCAGUCCAGAUGUGAACGGUGCACUUGCUAAACAGCUCAGAACUAAGUGCGUUUUAGCACUCUCCAUCUGCGUUGACCAGAGUGGUGGGUAAUAUACUUGUUCGCCAAAAGAAAAUUUUUUUUCCGUUGUUACAAAGUAGUUUUAGGUCUUGACGUGAAACAUGCUUACCUAACACUUGGUGUUUUUGGCCUGGAGAGAAAUAUAAUAUAGCUUAUGUGAUGAUGUUUUUUCAGAAAGGAACCAACAGCAGCUUAGGCAAAUGGGAGGUGUGGAUCUGCUAGUUGAGCUUCUGACCCUCGAACAGGUACCAUGUCAAUUUUAAGGGUAGGGUAAACCUACGCUUGUCAGGCAAUAGAUAGUCAAGUGUUUUGCCACAAGAAAAGAGGCCUUUGAGAACAAAUAAGCGACUGAGAUUCUUAAAAAUGGGGGUCUGUUUCAAUGUAACCGGAUCAGUCAGCACUUUGCAGGUUUUCGUUUGCGCCUUCGUGGAUAUAUAAACCAGCCAAGAACAAAAAUUAACAGAACUUCCACCCCCACCUUGUAGAUGAAGAGGUUGUUUUUUGUAGCUAAUAGACCGUCUAUUCACCAGCCCACAUUUUAGGGCAGUUAUCAAGUAGACAUGUUUACCCCAAUUUCGCGAUCCUCGUCAUGGCGAACAGUAAAAAAAGAAGUGGACGAGAGAGUUGACGCAAUGAAGCCUUGUUCAAAAUCAAUACAAACCUGCGGCUCUCUGACAGGACUGCUAAACCCAUCCCACUUACAACUUUUCUUUCUUGUCUCUAUAGUCCGAAGAAUUCAGGAGAGUUGCGAUAUUUGUUCUCCAUUGCAUCACCGGAAACUCUCAAGGUAUGUGUCGUCUUCGGAGUGUUUACACUUUGUUUUAAAAUUAUUUUGUAGUUAUUAUUUCCUCGGUUAUUAAAACGCUCUGCCUCAUUGCCAGAACCAUUUACCCUUUCUUUACGUCACCCUGAGUUGAUAAUGAGGCAACCAAUGAGAAAGCUAUCUUUGGAACCAGGUUGAUGAAACACCGCUGAAGAAGUGGCUAAAAAUGAGUGCUGCGGUGGUGAACACUGGGCAGAGUGUUGGGAAAUAUCAAAAGUUUUUUUGACAGCAGUUUAUAAUGACUCAGGGGUUUCAAUAAGCACCGACGGCCGACGAAACGCGUCGGCUACUUUGCUCAUAGAAGUCGGCUACUUUUUUCCACAAAGAAAAAGUAACUAGUUUGAAUAACGUUGUAAACAAAAUAUAUAUCGUAAAAUCUAAAUGAAACGUAAUUGUGACAUGCUUUCCUAAAGGUUUACUGGUUUUACGUUAUCCUUUAGUCAAUUUUUCAGAGUUUUACGCGCAAUUUGUUUACGUGCAAAAGCAGGUAAUCUAGUUUUCAUCAUUUUUCAUUGUUUGUAAGAAUUGAUUCUGUAACUGAUAAAUCGAAAGGUGAAUGAAAGCUACAUUUUCUUGAAUAAAAACACGCUCUUUUAUCCUAAAUUUAGUCCUCAGAACGUCGAAAAUCGUAUUUUAAGGCUUUGAAAUUUCAAAGUUUUGUUGGGAAGCACGCCCCUAGAAAAAGGGGGCUAACGGCCCCUUGUUGAUACAGUCGGUUACUCUAUUCAAACCAGGCCCCGGUUGUUCAAAGAGCGGAUAACUUUAUCCAGCGGAUAGGCCUAUCCUGUGGAUAAAGCUGCUAUCCACUGGAUAGUUAUCCAAAGUAACAAAAGGCACGUAGGGCUCAGCCAAAUGGUACCAUAAUGGCGUCGAAACGUGUGGAAACAGGUUAUCUCCGUAACCCGCCCCAUUCUCCUACGGCUAUAAUUUUACCUUCCCUCCCCUCCCUGACCUGUUUCCUUGAUUGCCUUCUGAGCUCCUGAUGAGACAAGGCUUUCAACAUUUUGUUGAGAUAAGAUGCUUUUUGUUUAAAAGGAUGAGCUCAUCAUAUCUCAUUAUCAUAUAGACAGGGGAAAGAUAAAUUAACAAUUAGUAGAAAGGUUAUUAUAGGUGGGUUAAUCAUUUUUACAGCUGUCCCCGGAGGAGGAAAUUGAAGUACGUAGCUGCCUAGCGGCCAUAGAAAUAGAAGAAAGGAAGAGAGAAAUUGAAAAGAAAGAAAAGGAAUUACAAGAAAAAGAAAGAUUAAAACAGAAAGCAAUGGAAAGCCAAGCGGGUGGCUGCCCAACUGCAGCUAAUGGCACGGCAGCUAGACCGCUUGGCUAGCCACAUUCUAGCAGAAACCAAAAAGUAAAAAAAGAUAAAAAAAAGGAGAAGAGCAAAAGGAAAUUAAUACACCAGCAUGCACUAUAUGUAAAUUUAAUGUACAAAUCGUUUUCUUCAGUACAAAAGUAAUGUACAAAGUUCUUACAAGUAGAAAUGGCCAUAGUCAGACCUGUAGUGAUAUAAAUAACAUUAAUAAACAUAUUUCUCUCAUCCUGUAUGAACUUUUCCUUUUCCAUGUAAUCCACACCUACGCUUCCAUCCUCCGUUUUCCCACACUACACCACUCUCUUUGGGAAAUCUAUCACUCUGUACUAGAUCUUUACAGAUAUCCAAUUAGCAGGCACCUCCUCCAUCAUACACAGCAAGUAUUCCUCACUAUCAUACACUGCAAUGCAUCCUCACCAUCAACAGAGUUUUCCCUCUCAAGGAAGCACCUAUUUUGAAACCGGUCAGAUAAAAGUAAAUAAAAUAAAAGAAAUUAAUAAAUAUACAAAAGUCCAGAUAUAGAAAAUAUAUAAAUAUAGACAAUAUUGUCCCUAAAAUCCCGAAUUACAUGUUUAGCAUCUCUACAAAUAUAGACAAUAUUGUCACUAAAAUCCCAAAUUGCGUGUUUAGCAUCUCUUAAAUCAGGCAUAAUAAUGUUUUCCACACCGACUCCCUAAACUUCAGCACAAACUAAUUCCAACCCCCCCGCCUCCCCCACUGGCUAGAAAAAAUUAUAGUCCUUGAUUUUUAUAACCUUUAAUAACUUCAGGCUUCUUAACAAAAUAAUUCUCAUGCAAAUUUCUGUUCUUGGGCCAGUAACUAAAUGAGAACCUGUCAACCUAUAUGCAAAUUUCUAUUCUUGAACCAAUAACUAAAUGAGAAUCUGUUAACCUAUCUGCAAUAAACCAUAGCAAUGGCUGAGCUUUAUAGGAUAUAUUAGUGGAGGCAGUACAACAGAAAAGCUAUUUUAAUGGUCAUGAAAUGACUGCGACUUUACCAAGACGCGCCUUCUGAGGAAUUACCACAAAGCUACAUCGGCUGGAGAACAAAACUAAGCAAGCAGGAAGAUGAAGCAAUGUGAGCGGGCCCAGAAGACUGCGAAAACUGAACAGUGUCAAUAGACAUAUCUGUCAAUAACGAAGAGUCCGAGUAUGUUAAAAUACAAAAAUGUGUGAAAGUAAAACUGACGCCCGGCACUCCCAGUCCCAGUAGGCCCCCUUCCUUGACAUCAACUAAUAAACAACCAUAAAAUGCUUGUGUCAUUUUCUGAACUCAUGUAGUUGUUAUUGAACUUUAUUAUCGUUUUGAACAUUGUUGUCUUUAUUAAACUACACAAAAAGGAAACCCCCUUCCUUGACAUUAACUAAUAAACAAACAUAAAAUGCUUGUGUCAUUUUCUGAACUCAUGUAGUUGUUAUUUAGCCUGCGAAAACAUCCGUUUCUCCUCGCUCUUCGUCGCUGGGGACGUUUCGCGCGGAGGAAACGCGUUUUGAACAUUGUUGUCUUUAUUAAACUACACAAAAAGGAAACCCCCUUCCUUGACAUUAACUAAUAAACAAACAUAAAAUGCUUGUGUCAUUUUCUGAACUCAUGUAGUUGUUAUUGAGCUUUGUUAUCGUUCUCGAACUUUGGUGUCUUAUUGAACUACACAAAAAGGAAAACUAAACGAUAUCGACAUCUUAACUCGGAGUCGGUGUACGGCGUUAACGGGUCAAGCUGCCGGCGGAAAGUUCUCCUUUUUCUGGGAAGUUGGUUUAGACGGUUUAGCGACAAGUUGCUCUGUAAAAGAUGCACCUGUCGACCGGCCAUGUUUGUGUCGUUUAUCCGGUGGAUAAAACUUUGUACUACCUACUUUACCAUGGAUAAAUUUAUCCGCUGGAUAGCGAGUGGAUAACGCUAUCCAUCUUUCGAACAACCGAGAUGGCGCGAGUGGAUAGGACUUAUCCGCUCUUUGAACAACCGGGGCCUGAUGGCUACAAGAGAUGUUAUUGAAACCCCUGAAUGUUAACUGAUGAGUUUGUGAGUUAUCUUUUCCGAAUGAAUGUGUACAACUUGGACGGAGGCACACGCCUCGAGAAGACCUAUCUUGUUCAAAAUGAGGCCUCCAUUAAUUUAGCGUGAGGUGACAAAGGUGUUUGAAUAGAGGCCACAGGCUGCCUGGUAUUGUUCAUGGCAAGUGGUUCCUUUUUCGGUUUGAAUAGUGCCAGAGGAAAAACCUGGUCGUGAAAUGGAAAAGGAAGAAGAGGAGUUUUGUGAUCGGUCUGAUAAACAGGACAUCUUGAGCCAGGUAACUAUGGUAACACUUCACGGUUCCAAAACCUGAUAAACCUGUACUACACCAAGUGUCCCCAACUAAUAGAAUACACUUUCCUAGAUCGAAUUGGAAUUUGGACAAUUGUUGGCAUUUGAGCACAGGGGAAAGUCGGAGAACACGGAAUGAAAACCUCUGGGAUUUGAAAAGUGAACGAAUGAGUUACUCAUGCAAAUAUGAAGAGCUAUCCUGUAAUAAUAUGAACAGCUGCUCCGCUACUGCGCCAAAGAGUGGCACAAAGACCUGUCCGAUAUGUGACGAUCCACUAAGAUCGGCGUAGCCUGUUAGGCUCCGAGAUAGUCGGGUCCGCGGGGAUUGAGAAAGUGCCGCCCCCCCUUUUUUUUGCGUACCUCUCACUUUCGCGUCUUCCCUACUAUCUGAGAGCCUGGAACAAGCGUCACAGAAAUAAGGCGGAAAUCAUCGCUCUUGUUUGUUAGCAGAAGCCAUAUUCGGUAUGGUUUAGACAUAUAGGCUCGGUUAUUUAAACGAAGUCUAACUUACACCGCGUUUUAGGAAAUCUUUGGACCUCCAGAUCUCUUCCUUAGUGGGUUACUUUAAGUAAACAAAUGCUUUUGUUGUGUACUUUAUAUGCUUUAAUGAAACUGUUCACGAUAAGUGGUACUCACAUAAAAGUGUUCGCCAAAUUGAAAAUGGCUUUUAAAUAACUGGCCCAUAGUGUAGACAUAUGGCGUCGACGCCGGGACUCGAACCCAGCCCCUGUUAGUACGAGGCCAGUCCAAUCCAAUCCAGUCCAAGACCCAAACAUUUGCUCUCCCAAAGGAGGGGUUCCAAUAGAAGGAUCAGCGGUGAAUCUUCUGAAUCUUCAGCGUAACGGGCUGAAGAGAUAAAAUUAAUUCAUCCUCUUCGGUCUACACUUCUGGAAUGAAGACCAUCGUGUUUUUAAGUAUUUCGUUUUGAGGGAAAUCAAACAGAUCUGCCCACCAAUUUAGACUUUAUCAAAGUAAGUAUGGGGCUCUCUUUGAAAACCGUUAUUAUAAUUAUUAGCUACCUUUGCUAAUUGUGAUUUUUUUGACGGCUUACUGAUGUUUGUAUUGUAGGUUGCCUCUCCAACUCGAGAUGCGGUAACUCAAACCGAUAGCCGCGAUAAUCAGAUAGUCUGCGGGGAGCAAAGCAGCAAAUACACUAAAAAAGCCCUACAUAAUAAUCCAACAGAAAAAGAAAAGUUAAGAAAUACCCACAAGCCAAGUCAACGGAGAAAAUAUUACACAUCGACUAAGGAGGUGUAUCCUUUUGCAAAACCACUCAGUACUCAAUUGAAAAGCGCAACGCCAAAUAUAAAGCUGGUUCGUCCUCAGGGUUCUUCAGCUGGUACGUCCUCAGCUCAAAGUAAAAUUGAUUGCGUUGCUUGUACAACAGCUCUUAAUAGCAGAAACUUUCUCCCCACCUUAAACAGUAACUCGCGUCUUUGCCCUCAUCACCAUGCAUUGGGGGCAUUUCUCCGUCAGAAACUGAAAGAUCUCAGAAAACGGUAG